UGUGGGGGAUUGGCAUGUCUCAUUGUUGUGACCUUACUAACAAUGGAAACCCCUUACACCCUCACAACACACGGGGAAACUCUAACACCCAGAAACACAGAGGGAAGAGAGAGAAAGACAAAGUGUGAAACGUUUUAUGGGAUUCCUUAAAACUACAGGAAAGUAAGGAAGGCAUUAGGAAUAACACUGGCAACUGGAGACCCACCUGUGUUUGGCUGUUACACUGAGUGGGCGGCAUCUUAAAAGGGAAAGCGAAACUGAAAAGCAGGAUGAUCAAGGAAGCAUGAUGAAGCUAAAGUGAUCGAGGUUCAAAAGAAGAAUCCCAGAAGAGUAGUCAUUUUAUUUUCAUAAUUAAUGUUGAGUGGUUGCUGCAACUGACUUCAACAUUCAGGUUAUAGUUAAAAGAGCUGAGUGCUUAGAGUUGGUCACAUACUGAGUCAUUUUAUUGAAUCAUUGCAAAGUCAUUCCCUUUGCAAUGAUUCCAGUAGGGUUAUUAGUGCUGUUGGCUGUCAAGGUGUUUCUGGUUGGGUCCCAGACCUCAGAGCAGGCAACAAACCCUCCUAGUUCUACUGGAGAACAGCCACCUCUGGCUGAUGGUAAUCUGUCUUUCCCCUGGAGUCGCCUUCGCCUGCCAAGGUAUAUUGUUCCUCUUCACUACCACCUUCUCCUGCACCCUAACCUCACAACUCUCAGGUUCACGGGCUCAGUGCAGAUUCAGAUUGAUGUCCACAACAAUACAAACUGGGUUGUUUUACACAGCAAGGGUCUUCAAAUCUCCAAGGCCACAAUUUUAGAUCCUGACCUUGCUCAUGUAUCUGAUCAGGUUCUCCCAGUUCUUCACAACCCUUCCCACGAGCAAAUAGGCAUUUUUUCUCCCAGGGUUCUCAGCAGUGGGCAGAAGUAUUUCUUGUAUAUAGAGUUUGAAGCAGAGCUGGCAGAUGGAUUUUAUGGAUUCUAUAAGAGCACCUACAGAACCAGUGAAGGAGAGAUCAGAAACCUAGCUUCCACUCACUUUGAACCCACAAGCGCUCGAAUGGCAUUUCCUUGUUUCGACGAGCCAAGCUUCAAAGCCAAUUUCUCUGUGCGGAUCAGGAGGAGCCCAGAGUACAUUUCUCUCUCCAACAUGCCAGUAAUCAAAACUACACCACUGAGCGGCGAGCUUUUUGAAGAUCAGUUUGCCCCGAGCGUAACAAUGAGCACGUACCUUGUAGCUUUCAUCGUUUGUGACUUCAAGUCUGUCAGUGCAACAACAUCAUCAGGGGUCAAGGUCUCCAUCUAUGCUGCGCCUGAGAAGUGGAAGCAAACUCACUAUGCUUUGGAGGUUGCAGUUAAAAUGCUGGACUUCUAUGAGGAGUACUUCAACAUUCGCUAUCCUUUACCCAAACAAGAUCUAAUUGCCAUCCCAGAUUUUCAGGUUGGCGCAAUGGAGAACUGGGGCCUGACUACCUAUAGAGAGACCAGCCUUCUCUAUGAGCCCCUCACGUCCUCCAUCUCUGAUAAACUCUGGGUUACAAUGGUCAUUGGACAUGAACUUGCCCAUCAGUGGUUUGGGAACUUGGUGACCAUGGAUUGGUGGAACGACAUCUGGCUAAAUGAAGGAUUUGCUAGAUACAUGGAAUACAUUUCAGUGGAGGCCACUUACCCUGAUCUCCAAGUUGAAGAGUAUCAACUGCACACAUGUUUUGCAGCAUUUGGUCUUGAUUCAUUGAACUCCUCCCGGCCUAUAUCCAGCCCUGCAGAGAGCACCACUCAGAUUGAAGAGAUGUUUGACACAGUUUCCUAUGACAAGGGAGCAUGUGUCCUCCACAUGCUAAGGCAUUUUCUGACUGAAGAGGUGUUUCAGGGCGGGACUGUGCGAUACCUACGCAAGUACAGCUACGGAAAUGCUAACAAUCAGGACCUGUGGGACAGCCUGUCAAAUACAUGCUCAGAAGAUGACUUCACCUCAGGAAAACAUUGUUACAGCAGUGACCAGGCCUCUAAGAAUGCAUAUCUGUUUGCAGGGGAACACCUGAACCUGACAGCCAUGAUGAACACUUGGACUCUACAGAAAGGGAUUCCUUUGGUUACUGUGAGCAGAAAAGGGCCCCGACUGCUGCUUAGGCAGAAUCGGUUCUUGAGGACGGUUCUUCCCUCUGAUCCUCAGUGGGCUGCUGUGCAACAAGGUUUCCUUUGGCAUAUUCCUCUGACAUAUAAGACUGACACGUCCAACACCAUCCACAGACAUCUGAUGACUUCUCCCACAGACAGCAUACACAUCGGAGAAGAAGUUAGUUGGGUGAAAGUGAAUUCUGAUAUGACUGGUUAUUAUGUGGUUCAUUAUGCUGAUGAUGGCUGGGAUGUGAUAGUAAAAUUACUGAGGGAAAACCACACUGCUCUGAGCUACAAGGACAGGACCCACUUGAUACACAAUGCAUUUCAGCUGGUCACGGCGGGCCAUCUCAAACUUACCAAAGCCUUGGAAUUGAUUGGUUAUGUACAACUAGAGAAACACACAGUACCACUCCUUGAAGGACUGGGAUAUCUGCAGUUUUUUUACCACAUGACUGAGAGGAUGGAUGAGCCCCUUUUAACAAUGAACCUGGGAAAGUACAUCCUGCAGUUUUUCGGAGCUGUCAUUGACCAGCAGACAUGGAGUGACAGCGGCACUGUGUCUGAGCGACGUCUGAGGUCGGAGGUCCUGUCUCUGGCCUGUCACCUGGAAUACCCGCCUUGUCUGGAGCGUGCAAAUCAACUCUUUAAAGACUGGCUCCAUUCCAAUGGAACAUUGAACUUACCUACUGAUGUGGCAGAGACAGUGUUCGCCGUAGGAGCGCAGGAUGAACACGGCUGGACAUCCCUUUUAAACACGUACAAGAUUUCCCUUUCUGAUGCCCAAAAAGACAAGAUCCUCUCUGCUUUGACAAGCAGCAAAAGCAAGGACAAACUGCACAGACUGUUGGCAAUGGGUCUGGAAGGAAACGUAAUCCGAUCACAGGACCUCUCCCAUCUUAUUUUGAUGAUCUCCAGAAACGCAAGAGGACAUCACCUGGCCUGGAAUUUUGUCAAAAAGAACUGGGACACACUGGUUGAGAAGUUCCAGUUAGGCUCAUUUUGCAUCAGAAACAUCAUUAUGGGAACAACAGGAAAAUUUUCAUCUCCAGAGGAGCUCACAGAUGUGCAGCAGUUUUUUGAAACCAUUAAAGAGCAGGCCUCUCAGCUGAGAGCAACACAGCUUGCUUUGGACAACGUGCACAAAAAUAUUCGUUGGGUUCAGAGGAACUUGGAAUCACUGAGAAUCUGGGUGAAUGAGCAAAUGAAAUGACAGACAGCAAAAAGACAGGAACAAGGUUGUUAUAAAAACACAAAAUGGACAUUUUACAAAUUACUGUGAGUGUGUCAUUUGUGUGGCUUUGUUUUUUUUUUUUUUUACAUGAAAUAGGGAAAUAAUGUGAUUGAUAAAAAUUGGGGAUGGGAGGUUGAGAACUUUGUUGUCAUUUUGCAUCUGUAUGACAGAGAGAAACCAAGUUGAUAAUAAAUUCACUUUACCUCCUUGCACCUUUGUUUAUAUUGUGUUAGCUUCCGUAUUUGGUUGUAAAUAUCAU